ACCGCUCAAACUAGGGUUGAGUUCCGAUGGAGUUCGAUCAAUUUCAGCCACAACAUCCCUCAGUUUUCCGUCCAUGGCGGCGGCUGCAAAAGCUGCGGACUUGGCUCGCCACUAUGGUCGCUGCUACUUGGAGCUCUCCAAAGCUCGCCUCAGAAACAUGAGAACGAAUAACGGGUUCUCUAUGAAUCCUGAUGUAUAUUCACUGGUCCGCUUGCUCCAGUCUUGCAACACCCACCAAUCAAUACAUCAAGGAAAGCAACUCCACCUUCUUUUUCUCAAAAAGGGGCUUCUGGGCUCCGAUGUUACCAUUGGUAAUCGCCUUCUGCAGAUGUAUCUGAGGUGUGGCAGCACGAGUGACGCACAUGCUCUAUUCGAGGAAAUGCCUCACAGAAACUGUUUCUCUUGGAAUACCAUGAUCGAAGGCUACAUGAAAUCAGGGGACUGUAAAAGGUCACUAGAGUUAUUUAAGAUAAUGCCUGAAAAAAAUGAUUUCUCUUGGAAUACAGUAAUAUCCGGGUUUUCAAAGAAAGGUUUGCUUGAUACUGCUCAAAGUUUGUUUGAUGAGAUGCCUUGGAAAAGUUGUGUUGCGUGGACUGCUAUGAUUCAUGGGUAUGCUCGAAAUGGGCAGCCAAAAGAUGCAUUAAGACUCUUUAAGCGUUUGAGUUCAAACGCUUUAGAAGAAUCUUUUGUUGAUAAGUUUGUAUUGGCAACAGUUAUUGGAGUUUGUACUGAUUUGGUUGCUCUUGGUUGUGGGAAGCAAAUUCAUGCACAUAUUCUGAUUGAUAAAGUAGAAAUUGACUCGGCUUUAAGUAGUUCGCUGGUUAACUUUUAUGGAAAAUGUGGAGACUUGGACAGUGCGAAUCAUGUUUUCAAUAUGACAAAGGAACCGGAUGACUACUCUAUAUCAGCAUUGAUCGUAAGCUAUGCCAAUUUUGGCAGGAUGAGUGAUGCAAGAAAAUUUUUUAAUGCAAAAAGUAAUCCAAGUGUUGCAUUGUGGAGUUCAAUGAUUUCUGGAUAUGUUUGCAAUAAUGAUAACAUUGGAGCAUUAAAUCUUUUCAAUGAUAUGAGGGCUAGUGGUGUUCAAGGGGACUCCUUAACUAUUGUGAGUGUUUUGAGUGCCUGCAGUAUAUUAGGCAUCCUUGUACAUGCUAAGCAAUUUCAUGCACAUGCUUGCAAAGUUGGGAUGAUUGAUAAUAUUGUUGUUACCGGUGCUCUUGUUGAUGCAUACUCUAAAUGUGGUAGUCUAGAUGAUGCUUGCAAAUUAUUCAGUGAGCUCAAAGCCUUUGACACGAUAUUGCUGAAUUGUAUGAUCAGUGUGUAUUCAAGUUGUAGUAGAAUUGAAGAAGCUAAACACAUAUUCAAGACAAUGCCCAGGAGAAGCUUAAUCUCUUGGAAUUCAAUGAUGAUAGGUCUUUGCCAAAAUGGUUGUCCAAUGGAUGCCUUAGAUCUGUUCCAAGAGAUGAAUAAUCUUGGCUUGAAAAUGGACAAGUUUAGCGUAGCUAGUGCAAUUAGUGCAUGUGCUGGUAUUUCCUCACUUGAGUUUGGUGAACAGAUUUUUGCUAGAGCAGUCAUAAUUGGACUUGAACACGAUGAAAUCAUUUCUAAUUCUCUUCUUGAUUUCUAUUGCAAGUGUGGUCUUGUUGAGAAUGGGCAAAAAAUAUUCGACAGAAUGAUGAGGUGUGAUGAAGUCCCUUGGAAUGCUAUGUUGACGGGUUAUGCUACAAAUGGUCAUGGACUUGAAGCACUAGCUCUUUUCAACGAAAUGCUGCAGGCUGGUGUGCUACCCAAUGGUAUCACAUUUACAGGGGUAUUGUGUGCUUGUGAUCAUUGUGGAUUGGUUGAAGAGGGAAGAAGAUGGUUUUAUUCGAUGAAAUGUGACUAUAAUAUUGAUCCAAGCAUUGAGCACUAUGCUGGCAUGAUUGAUCUUUUCUCCCGUGCAGGUUGUCUUGAGGAAGCAAUGAAUAUGAUUGAAAAGAUGCCCUUUAAGGCUGACGUUAGCAUGUUGUCAUCUGUUUUAAGAGGCUGUGUGGCUAAUGGUCAUAAGUCUUUGGGGAAGAAAGUGGCAGAACAGAUUAUUGAGCUUGAUUCCGAGAACUCAGGUGCUUACGUACAGCUGUCUAACAUACUUGCCUCAUAUGGAGAAUGGGAAGGAUCAGCAGAAGUCAGAAAGGUGAUGAGACAUAAGGGAAUUCAAAAGAAUCCUGGUUGCAGCUGGUCUGAUUGUUGAGCAAGAAACUUUGGUGGUGUCAUAGUUUGCUAGCUAAAAAGAACUUCCAGAGCCUGCUUUAAUUCCAGAGGUUUCUUACUUUUCUGUUUCUUCCGUGACAUCAGAAGCUUUAUUGGAAUUAGUUUUGCUCUUCUGCAGAAAAAUUUUUGGUCAAGAUGAGAAUGAAAUAAGAAGGGCCUUUUUUUUUUGAAAAUGCAGAAGCAAUCUCCUGCAUCGCCCAAGCCAAGUGAGUUGAAAUUGAAGCCCAAAGAGAAUGAUCAAUGCCUAUCCCAAUUUGGAUGAACUGUCCAAAUCAGCUCACUAUGUUGUGUUUUUUAUGUUUGCUAUUAGACUUUAAUUGAAGUGUAUAUACUAUGAAAGAAAGAUUCCAAACUCCACCACGAAAAUUGUCUUAUUAUUUGUUACGUCUAAGUAGAUUCCUGAGGCAUGUAUCGUUUGGCCUAAUAUAAUAAGGGAUGACGUGGCCUUUUUAAGAAUGCCCAUCAUGGA